UUUCAUCCCAAUCAAAUUCACGAAUAUAAAACCCAGAGAAAAGGAUGAUUUUAUCUUCUCGCUUUUUUAGGGUUUCUUCUCCGCCGCGCUCUCCGAGAUCCAACUUCGCCGCCGCAAUGCCGUCGCAUAAGACGUUCGUUAUCAAGAAGAAGCUUGCGAAGAAGAUGAGGCAGAACAGGCCCAUUCCUCACUGGAUCCGCUUGCGUACUGACAACAAAAUAAGGUACAAUGCGAAGCGCCGGCACUGGCGCCGUACGAAGCUAGGGUUUUGAGGUCGACCCUGGUAUUUGAUUGAUCGUUUUUGUUUCGUGUUAUUUUGGAAAGAUUUAUCUUUUUUUUGAAAGUUUGAGUUAGAUUUACUGUUAAAGUUGGAACCUUUGCCCCUUGCUUUUGAAUUGAAGUUAAUUUCUUUAUAGGAUUUGGAAUCAUUAAUGUUGAGCAGAUGGUUUUUGGGAUUGAAUGAACUAGCUUUGCUACUGUUGGUAAAUUA